UGGCAGCAAACACAAUUCGCUUGAUAUCGCCCGCAAUCAGAACAAAAAAAGCGGAAUGGAUCGAAACUUCAUAAUAAGACUGAUGCUCCUGUUAGGAGUUGCCCUACAGGGGGAGUCGGCAAAAUUACCAUCAUUCCUGAAGGUAUGCUAUCGCGAUUCCCCCAAUUUGAACACUUGCGCCCGGCAAUCCUUUGAGGCUCUGCGACCGCGUCUGAUGGAGGGAAUUCCCGAGCUGUUUAUACCCUCCAUGGAGCCGCUGGUGGUGCCUCAGGUGAAAAUGGACCAGGACUCGGGUGCCAUCUACCUGCACUCCGUGUACCGUAACGUCAAGGUGACGGGGAUCUCCAAGCACUCGGUGAACGAGCUGCGCUUGGAACCAUCAAAGCUCAAGUUCAUAGUGUCUCUGACCUUCCCCAAACUGCAUAUGGAGUCGGCGUACAGCAUUAAGGGUAAAAUUAUGAUGAUGCCGCUGCUGGGCGAUGGCCACUGCCAGGUGGAUUUGAUAAAUAUCACAAUGCGCACGGAGCUCAUAGGACAGGAGUAUCAGAAGGACGGUGCCAACUAUUUGAAGAUGAACGAGGUUAAUGUCAAGUACGAGUUGUCCGACGUGAAAAUCCACCUGGACAACCUGUUCAACGGCGACAAGGCGCUGGGUGAUCGGAUGAACGAGUUCCUCAACGAGAACUGGAAGGCUCUGGCCGAGGAAGUACGUCCCCUGAUGACCAGAGCCCUCAAGGACAUCCUGAGCUCCUCCGUAGAUAAGCUGUUCUCAUCCUUCAGCUACGAUGUUCUGCUGCCCAAGGGCAAGGGUAAAUAAGCAGAAAGCACCACCCAUUCCAACUUAAUUAUUUAAUUGUAGUUCAAAAAUUAGCCUAGACAUAAGCACACAAUUAAAGGUGAAAUAAAUUAUGAAUAUAAUACAUAAA